UAUUGAGAGAAUAGAGCUAAAAGGAAUAAACAAAAAAAGUGAAAAAUCAGCAGAGUACACAUUUGAGGUUUUGUGGUCUGAUUCUACAUUAACAACAGUUACCAAAGCACAGCAGGACCUGACUGAAUUUCUCUCAAAGCUUUCCCAGUUGGUAUCGGAUGACGAUCAAGAUAAAAUGGCCCCACACUCUGCUGGUGUAGACUCUUAUUAUAUGCAAGAUAAGAAUCACUCUGACCUGGAAGCAGAUCUUCGACACCUUUCAUCUCUGCCUUCUCAUGUGCUCAGAAACAACUACAUCAAGAAAUUCUUCUGCACUUCAUCAGUUAUUCCCUGUGUUCAAAAUUUAAGCUAUAACUCAUCUUCCCAGCACAAGGUCACCUUUAAUACAGCUGUAAGGCCAAUAUGUGGUGUUGCCAGCAUACAGUCCUCUAAUAGCUGCAGCACCACAAUACUACAGCCUUCUCUUUUUAGCCCUUCCUUUUCUGCUUCCCAGACUAUGAGCAUUUUGUCAACUACUGGGCCGCAGACAGAUAAUUUGACAAGUACAUCUGGCUUAUCAUCAACAGGGAGUCAAUUAUCCAAUUCCUUACAGACUCCACCAAAUCCUGAACAGAAUGGAAUCCUUGACUGGCUUCGCAAAUUACGCUUGCAUAAAUACUACCCUGUUUUUAAGCAGUUAACCAUGGAAAAGUUUUUAGCCCUUACAGAAGAGGAUCUAAAUAAAUAUGAUCUCACCCAAGGAGCAAAGAAAAAGCUGAAAACUCAACUCGAACUUCAAAAGGAGAAAUCUGAAAAACUGUACCAGUUUCCAGUUGCUAGCACUGGAGUGGCAAGGAUUACACCUACAAGUCAUUUAGGACAAUUCCAGCCAGUUCAAGCCAAGACUAAUGCAGUUGAGCUUCGAGUAGACAUGGAGCAGUGCCUCCAUCCAUAUGCCAGAGAUAGCAGCAUUUCUUCUGGGUACUCCAGUGCACCUUCAAGCCCCAUGGGUUUACACACAAAAGAUGAGACCUUUGACACAAUGGAACAACAGAGUGAUAGACGCAAAGAAUCCACAUCAGAAUGUCCCGAUAAGGAAAAGCCAACAAGCUUAUCAAAUACUUUCAUGGCAGCUGGUGUACCAAGGCCUACUGCUCAGGUUCUGCCAGUUCAAAAUGAUAUUGGUGCCAAUACUUCUUCCCACCUGCCCUUGCCAGUCAUUUCAUCUAACAUUUCUCCCAGCCGUGUUCUCUGUUCAGUACGAAAACCAGAGAGAGGGAACUCCAGGAUGCCGUCUCCUGUAAGCAUGGAGGACCGGAAUAAGACACUGCAGGGAUCGACGGGGCCAAGCAAUGGUAUUAAAAUUGAGAAGAGGUUUCCCAAUAUUGGUUUGGAAGUGGCUUCAGUUCAUCCUGCAUCAAAUUCUGCUGUCCUCUUGGAGAAAAAUACUUUGCCAGUAUCCCUAAUGAAUUUUGCAGGCCGGACCAAAGUUUCACUGUCUACUGUGGAUACUGUUAACAGAGUAUCCCAGCAACCUGCAUUAAUGAUCGAGACUAGUACAGCUUCCGCAGCCACUUCAAGUACAGUGUACCAUGUUUCCCAUCCACCAUUAAAGCUUCAGGUCACUCCUUCCCUUCCUGUUGAUGCUAGUGGCACUGGCCAUAUGGUUUACACAAGUGGUGUGCCAAUCAAAAGUGUCCCACCUGCAGUUGUUAACUCUCGGACAGCCCCUUAUUCAUCUAAUACCAAAGUGGCCUUUUCUGCAAUGAAUACUGUGCCAGUGGCUGCCGUUCCAGGCACUUACUGUUCUAACAAUAGUAUCACCUCUUCAAGCACUCAUCCAUCUGGCUCAUUCAGUAAUGUUUUGACAGUUCCAAGCAGUCCUGUAUCCAGUGCUAGUCCAUCACUAUCUUCUCUUGCAGAGAACAGCUGUUAUAGCAGUGCAAACAGCAGCAAUUCAGGCUCAGGAAUUUUAAACCAGAACUUGCAACAGCAGCCUGGUUGUGUUUGCAGCUCAUGUGGAUGCAGUGGCAGCUGUGGAUCAUAUAAUACUGUAUCUGCUAGUUACGCAAGUUAUUUUCAGCAUCCAUUUUCUGGGCCUUCUAUGUUUACUUUGCCAUUCUUGCACUUCAGUCCGCUGUGUAACAGCAGCUAUGUUAACCCACAACAGUAUAACACAACCACUGGAUUUUCAUAUCCUGUUCUUCCACCACCCAUGUACAACAGCAGCUUAACAGGAGAUUCAUCAAUGAGCAGUCAGUCUGGCUUUGUAAUGUCUCCAGUACAAAACUUCAUUACUGGAGCCAGUGGAUUGUAUCAGGCUCAAGGAGUAAUGGGAAGCACAAGUGUGACUGGACUCAAAAAAAGUGUGAAUGUGUCAUGUUAUAACUGUGGCAUCAGUGGGCAUCGAGCCCAUGACUGCAAGCUGCCUCCCAUGGAUUCCAACCAGCAAGGUACCUUUAGGCUUAAGUAUGCCCCUCCAUCUGAAAACCUUGAUGCAGCAGAUUAGCAUUAAUAGGAAACUUUGAACACUACUUUCUGAUAAUUAUUUAUGGAACAUACAGAAAAUCAGCAAUUGCUGCUAAAGUGUCUUAUAAUCCAAAGGUGCUCUUAACAUUGCUUUUAUUAAAUAUAAAUAAAAACCUUCGAAUGUGCACUAAAUGAGUUUGGAACUUUGGAAAAACAAGGAUUUCAGUAUCACGUCAUCGCCGGAUUAAAGGAGUUUCCUUUCAAAAUGCUAAAACAAUUCUGGAGAUGUGUCUAGCAAAAUUGGAAUGCAGGUCCGCUCAUUUUGCUAUUGCUGGUUGACUACGCCUUCCCUUGAAACCAUAUUAUUGCACAGCAUCUUUGACUGACGGUUUUGCCAGGUUGGUAUGACCUCCAGAAUUUUAAGAAGUAUUUAGAAUACAACACCCAUCUUGAAUGAAUUGCAUGCAAAAACACUUUUUUUUUGUUUUUGUUUUGGACCAAAAAAUUGCUGCCAACCUUCUAACAUCAGGGAGCUAAUGUACUGAUAUAAAAUUUGUAUUUUACUUUAUUGUUGAAUCUUCAGAAAAAAGUGUUAUUUGGAAAAAAAAUCUAUUAAUCAUUCGAAAUGUGAUGAACUUAUUAUAUUUGGUCAACAUUUUUCAUACUUUUGUUAACCAAAGGUUUUACUUUUUAUAGCAAAUUUUCAAAAAAGCAAGCUCUUCAAGAGAACAACAUGCAUUUUCCUCAAAGGAGCUGUUAAACAGUGCCCAGAAGCAUGCAAAUUGCAUAACCUAAUGGCCAAUCCAUGCUGCAGAAGGUAUUUCAGACCCGAGGUAUCCAAAGGUAUCCAAGAUUUUUCUGAACUGUUGGUCACCUUUGUAAUGGCCUGUACCACCAUGAUUCUGGCAGGUCCAACUGCAUGUUGCAGUUUUGCCUCUCAUCUGAAGUGCUGCCUGCUAACAAAGAAGAAGCACAUUGUUUUUGAGAAUAGGAAACAAAGCUCCUUAAUUGGUACUAUGAGAUUAACUUUAAAAGCUGUAAACGUUCCUAUUUUGAAAAAAUGUAUUUUCAUUUAAAAUAUUUUUGCUUUGUAAGUGUUCUUUGUUGUAAAUCAGUCAAAAUAUGUUUCUCAAAAUGCCAAGCUUUCAACACAAACAAAAGCAGCUGUUAAAGAAUCAUAUAUUUUUACAACAAAGGCUUAGAACACUAUGGAAGAGGCCCUCCCACAGAUUACAAGAAAACUAGCAUUAAAGAGUAAAUGCUAGCAUUUACAUAACACUAGCUGUCGCAAGGAAAUUUAUCGAGCUAGUGCUGAAGAAGCUUUUUUUUUUUUUUCUUUUUGAUUUUUACAAUUAAAAAUGGAAUGUUAAAUUGAAGUUUUUGGAGGUAUAAAAAGUAAAAGGGGAAAAUAGCAAUAUCAUAAUAAUGUUGUGAUAAAUGUGUACAAUCAAAGGUUUUGCACUCAAAAAGGUAAAUGCAGAAUGAUAAAGGUGGAGUAUAUAGCUUCUGGUUUUGUUAUUACUUUCUGUAGAUAUUUUUUAAUUGUAAGCCUCCAUGGUGUUCUGUUGUAUGAAGAUAAAGCAAUAUUGACUACAGCCUAGGUACUGUAUGAGUGAGCACUUUCAAGUUUUCUGCCUGGAAAUGUACUUUUAGCAGUAGUCCAUCUUCACAUGAGGAUUGGAUAUUCUAGCAUUUGAGAAAAACAUUUAAAGAUAUACAAGCAUAUUUUAAAUAUAAACAACUGGCUUAUAUUGAAUGAGUUGAAAAGAUAAGUCCUUUCUACCUAAAUCCACCUUACAUUGACAACAUUUUGUAAAGCCAAGUUAUGUAAGGCUGUCACAUUUUGUAUGUGCCAUUCAUUAUAAGCACAUUACCAUUAAGGCAUAAAUAAUGUUAUUUUGCAGAAAAUAUAGGGUUUGUAUACUCUGGUAAUGUUACUGUGUGAAGAUCUAUAAGAAAAAGUACAAGAAGGCAAAUCAUGUAUAGGACAAUCUGUAAAUCAAGACAUAUUUGUACACCAUAAGAUAACAAAAUGCACAGAAAACGGCAAGCUGUGAAUAGCAUGGUUGAACUUUGAAAACGGGAGAGGAUAAACUAAUACUCUGAUACCGUCUGGCAAUCAGUAGAUAUGUGAGAGACAAGAAAUAAAAAGGACUUGCAAAUAUUUUAAAGGUCGACUAGGAGAUAUGUCCAUUUCAGAUUCCUAAAACUUCGCUGGCCUAAGAUUUUUUUUCCUAUUCUGGCUGCUUUGUAGAUUAUUUCUUUUUACCAAUUUGCCAUGGAAUCUUCUUUCAACUCCGUGUGAUCUCUUAUUUUCUUUGAAUUUAAAACUAGAUAUAAAAACUAGUUAAUGCUUAAGUGCUGAAAUUGUCAUCUUCAUAUUCUUGGUACAGUUCUCUGUUUAAUGAACUUCUUCUGUUCAGUUUAAGUUUGAUCAAAGCAACCCAGUAAUUGUAAGAGUACCCAGUUGGCACUCUGAUUCUCCACAGGGUAAACACUCUGAUCCUGCAUAUGAAGCUGCCUUAGCAGAAAAAUAAAGUUCAACCAACACGUGUGCCUCGGAUGUUUUUAGAGGUUCUUCAGUGGCGGCUUAUCUCCAGUCAGUACUGAUUGAUUGGCAUAAUGACACGAAAAGUGGAGAUUGCCAUUGAUUAGGUAAUCCUCUACUGUGGAUAUGUUAGCAUUUUAAAACCUGCAGAUGCAGAAAAUGGUUUUGUAAAAUCACCAUAUAAUAUUUAUAAGUCAUAGCUGCCCAGUUAUCAAUAAGAGGCUCAAUGCCAUGGUGUAUUGUUUUCCAUUAUUUGCAAUGUUUUCUGCUAAUGCCAGUUGUUUUUUGCUAUUAAUUCAAAAGUUUGUUAUACAUGUCAUUAAUAUUGACUGAAAGUGUGUAUAUUUGUGGGUUAUUUUUAAGCAGUGUUAAAGGACAUUUGAGAUGAGCAUCUACUACAUUGUAUGUGAAAUAAGCCAAUCAUUAGCACUCGUUUUGUUUUUGUUAAAUUUGUUGGCUUUUGUCUGUCAUGGAAUCAUAAUGAACUGUAAUUAGAGUAGAAAUGAUAUGUUAUAUGUUUAAGUUGAGAAAAAGAUACCAGGUUACCUCCUAAAAUGGUCUUUGUUUUAGAGCAAUACAAACUAGUGCUUAUUUUGUGUGUUAAAGCACACAAUAAAAUACUUGGUAUGUAUGAAAAAAUGGUGAUCAGAAAAUGUUCCCAUGCAGCAUUAUUUCUUUCUUCUUCAAGCACAGUAUUUUUUCUAUUUGGUUCCUCCUUUCAGAAACAUUUGAGGCUGAUUGGAGUUUUUAUUAUGUUGCGCUAAAUGUGGUAUGUUAGUUUUCUGGUCUGCAUUUGAAACAUUUAGGUAGAUAACUUUUUCAAACUCCAUCUAGUGUUUUUUUUAGCAGUGUGGCUCUUCGUUUAGUUUGAGACUUCAGAGCUUCUGUGCCAGUGCUAAGCCCAUGAUUGGCAAAGCUCACAGAACGUCUGUGCAGAAGCAGGCAUCACAAGGGUUUGUUAAAUGCCAGGAGACAGAAGCUUUGAGGCUCACUGUGAUCCAUACCUCGUGGAUGUAAAUAUGUACUGCACCAAAGAGGAGUUUUAAAUGGUGGAGCUUUCCUUGAAGGUCAAUUCAGCAAUGUAUGUAUCAUUUUCUGACAAUUUCAAUUUUCUGUGCACAUCAGAUAUUUUCAUUUUGCCACACUUCACUGUGUCACACUGGUUACAUCUUAAGUAUUCAUUUUAAGAAAUGUGUCUCUGGCAUCUAAAGCUGUGUGGUAAAGUUAUGUGGGCACGUUUGGUGCGUAUGAGUGAGUGAUUGACAAAGGAGACAAUUUGAUAUGUGAGUAACAAAAUAAGAAGCUUGUUGUUUCCCUUUUAUCGGUGUGCAGCUUGCAGAAGAUUGUAUAGCUGUUUUGUAAAAACUUAAGUUUAAUAAUUUUUUUUUAUUUUUGCGUUUUUGUACAUAUUUUUUUUCCCUCAAUACUGAAAGAGUUUAAGUUUAAAGAGAAAGGACAGCACAAAGCAAGAUUCUCAGUGACACACACGUAUCUUAGAUUUCUCUUACAAAGUGUUUUGCCGUCUUGAGUCACUGUUUAAUCCCACUUUGUAAGGAAAUCUACCCGACAAUCAUUGAUGAUGAAAUUAUGCAAAAUGUUUUACACGUAUGUUACAAAUUACACACAAAUGCAGUAGGAGACGCCUGCCUUGUCAUCUUUCGUGUGUAGCACUGCCUAAAGAAAAGAGAUGAUUGUGAACUUUUGACACAUCCAGUAUUUAUCACGUUUAUUUUCUCUGCCAAUUUUGUGAUUUUAAUGUAAAGUACUUCAUACAGUGUCCAAAAAAUAAAUAAACCUGCAUGUAUUGGGCAUAGUGGCCACAAAGUAGCUUAUUGCUAUUUAAUCAGGACUCUUGGCUGACAGCUAAAUGCUUGCUUAGUCUUCAUCAUUAUUGUAUUUCAAGGAAAACUGAACAGGAUAGUAAGUGUCUCUGCGCUGAACAGUUUGAGAUGCUCAGUUUUUAAUUAGUUCCUUUUUAACCCGCAUUCAGAAUCUGAAAUUAAGACUUUUUAUUUUUAAAGCAUGCUUUUCUGGCAUG